AUGGCGUCCGUCAACAACAAGCUUGCGUUCCUGAACCAGGCGCCGCCGGCCAACUAUGUGGCGGGUCUGGGACGUGGCGCCUCGGGCUUCACCACGCGCUCGGACAUCGGUCCGGCGCGCGAGGGCCCGAGCCAGGACACGAUCAAUGCCGCACGCGCUAAGCGCGGCGAGGGCCCCGAGAGCGGCGACGGGCCGGGCCAGGAGGAGGACGCCGACGCCAACCAGGACCCGGAGAACGAGACGGGCCUCUUUGCCGGCACCGUAUACGAGCGCGACGACGAGGAGGCAGACCGCAUCUGGCAGAGCGUCGACGACAACAUGGAUGCGCGGCGGCGCAAGCAGCGCGAGGCGCGCGAGAAAGCCGAGCUGGAGAAGUACCGGGCAGAGCGGCCCAAGAUCCAGGCGCAGUUUGCAGACCUCAAGCGCGGCCUCAGCGCCGUGAGCGACGAGGAGUGGGCGACGCUGCCCGAGGCGGGCAACCUGACGGGCAAGCGGCGAAAGGCUGCCGCUGCGCGAGCUGGCAACGACCGUACGUACGCCGUGCCGGACAGCGUGCUCAUCGGCAAUCGCGACCGCACCGCGACGGAGAGCUCGCUGAGCGCCGAGCAGAUGGAGGACGGCACGGCGACGGCCAUGGGCACGACGACGAGCCUGACGGAGAUCGGCGAGGCGCGCAACAAGAUCUUCAGCCACAAGCUCGACCAGGCCGGCAGCUCGAGCCGCGCCGACGGCACGGCCUCGUCGCUCGGCACGUCGUCGACCAUCGACCCCAAGGGCUACCUCACUGACCUCUCGUCUGUGAAUGUCAAGUCCAGCACCGAGAUUGGCGACAUCAAAAAGGCGCGCAGCCUGCUCGACAGCGUCAUCAAGACGAACCCGAAGCACGCGCCCGGCUGGAUCGCCGCAGCGCGCCUCGAAGAGGUGGCGGGCAAGAUGGCCAUUGCGCGCAAGGUCAUUGCGCAGGGCUGCGAGAACUGCAAGAUGAGCGAGGACGUGUGGCUGGAGAGUGCCCGGCUGAACACGCGCGACAACGCCAAGGUUGUGCUGGCGCGUGCCAUCGCUGCGGGCCUCACGACGUCGGUCAAGAUCUGGCUCAAGGCUGCCGAGCUCGAGACGGACACGAACAGCAAGAAGCGCGUCAUCCGCAAGAGCCUCGAGUACAUUCCCAACUCGAUCAAGCUGUGGAAGGAGCUCGUCAACCUCGAGGAGUCGCACGAGGACGCGCGGAUCUUGCUCAGCGGCGCAGUCGCAGCAGUGCCGGGUUCCGUCGACCUCUGGCUGGCGCUGGCGCGCUUGUCGAGCCCGCAGGAGGCGCAGUCGGUGCUGAACAAGGCGCGCCAGACGCUGCCAAGCAGCCACGAGAUCUGGAUUGCCGCGGCGCGCCUCGUCGAGCAGACGAGCAACGACGAGGGCAAGGCGGCCGACGAGACGCAGGCGAACCUCGACCGCACGAUGGCUACGGCUGUCAAGCGCCUGCAGAAGGCCGGCGCUGUGCUCAAUCGCGAGCAGUGGCUCAAGGAGGCGGAGCGCGUCGAGCGCGAGGGCAGUCCGGCGACGUGCGCGGCCAUCGUCAAGGCGACGAUCGCGCUCGACGUGGAGGAGGAGGACCGGCGGACAGUCUGGGUCGAGGACGCACAAGCAUGCGUCGAGCGCGGCUGCAUCGAGACGGCGCGCGCCAUUCUCGCCUAUACGCUGCGCGAGUUCCCCGAUCGGCAGAGCAUCUGGCGCCUGGCCGUCGACAUCGAGAAGAAGCACGGCACGCCGCAGAGUCUCGAAGGCCUGCUGGAGCGCGCCGUGACCAUGUGUCCCAAGGCCGAGGUGCUCUGGCUCAUCUACGCCAAGGAGAAGUGGCAGGGCGCCGGCGACGUGGCGGCGGCACGGCAAGUGCUCAUCCGCGCGUUUGACAAGAACAUGGGCUCCGAGGAGAUCUCGCUCGCCGCCGCCAAGCUCGAGUCGGAGAACGGGCAGAAGCAGGCGGCCGGCCUGCUCCUGCAGCGCGCACGGCAGGAGGUCAACACGCCGCGCGUCUGGCUCAAGAGCGCUGUCUUUGAGCGCAACGACAGGCGCACGACCGAGGCGCUCGAGCUGGUGCGCGAGGCGCUGAAGCGCUUCCCUACCUUCUGGAAGCUGCACAUCAUGCACGCGCAGCUGCUCGAGGCCGUCACGCCGCCGGGCGAGGACGGUGCGCACUUCCGCGCCGCGCGCGAGGCGCUUACUGCCGGCCUUAAGGCGUGCCCUACAUCUGCGGUGCUCUGGAUCAACGCAAGCCGGCUGGAGGAGCGCGCUGGCCUGGCGAUCCGCGCACGUGCGCUGCUGGAGAAGGCGCGCCUCAAAGAGUCGGAGGACAAGGACGUGCUCUGGCACGAGGCGGCGUGCGUCGAGGAGCGCUCGGGCAACGCGCCGCAGGCGAAGGCGCUCAUUGCGCGCGGCCUGCAAGAACACCCCAAGUCCGGCCUGCUGUGGGCUGCGUCCAUCUGGCUCGAGCCGCGAGCAGCACGACGCACACGCAGUGCCGAUGCGCUCAACAAGACGGGCGACGACGCGCGCGUCAUUGCGAGCGUGGCGCGCAUGUUCUGGAACGAGCGCAAGACGGAGCAGGCGCGCAAGUGGUUCGAGCGUGCCACCAAGGCGAACGCGGACUGGGGAGACGGCUGGGCCUGGUGGGCCAAGUUCGAGGCGCAGCACGGCACGGACGACAGCCGGCGAGCGGUGCGCGAGCGCUGCAUCCGCGCCGAGCCGCACCACGGCGAGCAGUGGCAGCUGGCGCUCAAGGACCCCAAGCAUCCCAACCGGCGCACCGAGGAGGUGCUCGACGUCGUGUCGGCCGCGCUCGUCGUCACGACAUAGCCCCGCGGCGGCCGUGCGUCGAGGACCGUGCUCCCAUCUCACAUGUACACUACACAUUCGGCAAUCCGUCAUCCUCCAGAGCGCGGCGCUUGUUCGCAGUGGAGCUGCUGCGGCAGUCACGCGUGCAUUGCGCGUCUAGGAGUGAGAGUGAUCGGCGCCGUGCAACCUUGAGCCCGUGUCUAGUGUGU